AUGUAUUACAUAUGUACACUUGAAUCUGCAAAGCUGUUUUUUCUGUGCUCUGUUAGCAGGGUCAACAGUCAACCCAGAUAGACAACUGCUUGCUGCCUGACUCCACAGGCAAGACUUACGGCUUGAGUGGUUGGUGUUAGAGAUCACACUCUACAUCAGCGUCAUCAGCAACUAGAAAACAAAUGAAAGUGAAUGCACAGCGAAAAAUAUGAAAAAGAUAUAUAUUGGGAAAACAGCACUCAAAGCCCAGAGAAAUGGUUGCAAGCAUCAGAAAAGAAGUUCUCUACAUGAUCACAAGGAUGAUUUUCACAAGCGUCUGUCCUACACCACCCACAAACUAGAGAUGGUGGAGUCUGAGUUUGACUCCACCCGACAGUACCUGGAGACGGAACUCCGUCGAGCCCAGGAAGAGUUGGAGAAAUUCACUGACAAACUACGCAGGAUCCAGAGCAGUUAUGCAGCUCAACAGAGGAUCAAUCAAGACCUGGAGGACAAGGUGCACAGGACAUCCCAGCACCAUGAGGACGAGAAAAGAGCGCUGAGUCGGGAGAUCAUCGUCCUCAACAAUCACCUCCUGGAGGCCAAGAUCACAAUUGAAAAGCUCAGAGAGGACAAUGACCUUUACAGGAAGGACUGUAACCUGGCAGCCCAGCUCCUCCAGUGCUCCAAGUCACACCACAGAGCCCACAAGCUAUCUGAGCUGCCCAUUGACUUCCAGGAGCGGGUGAGCUCCCACAUAGAGAAGCACGGAUGCGGCGUCACAAUGGCGCUGUGCCACUCAUCCUACUCCGAUGCUGUGCCCACCGCCGUCAUCGCCAAGGUGCUAGAGAAGCCCGAGCCGGGCAGCAGCUGCCCAGUCACCCGCUCAACCAGCCCCCAGCCAUUGGUGGACGAGGGGCAUGACCAUGACUUCGUGACCAAUAGCGUGGGCAGUGAAAUUCUUCAGCGCCGUACCGCCUACCGGACUGCCGACCUGUACUGCAGCGACACGGCCCUCUACUGCCCUGAGCGCUGGCAGGAGCGCAGGCAGAGCGUAGAGGUCCAUGGCCUUCCCAAGGGUCUCUUCCUCCAGGCCCAGAACUCCAACCCUCAGGAGGUGGCCUUCCAUUCAGGUACAUUCUCCCAACACAGGCCCCCCUCCUUCCACGGAGAGUUUACGGUGGGCUCCUUGCCAGCCUCUAGCUCCUACUCCAGCUUCAGCCAGGCGUCCGAGGAGGAGAAGGGAGGGGAAGGCUGCGGUGGCGGCCCCAGCAGCACCAUGUCCUCCUCCCACCAGGCGCUCUACAUGGACUGGCGUGAUGGGGGGUACGGUGAGUGCAAGAGCACCUCUUCUUAUGAGAAGGACAGCCCUCCCAGCCACAGCCACAGCCUCUUCCCCAAGUCCCACAGCUUCCAGCACAUGGCGAUGCCGCCUUCCCCCAACCCAGCGAAAGGCGGUGGCGGCUCUUCGCCAGCGUACGUGCACACGCCGUCCUGCAGCUACAGUGAGCCGUACCACUCGCCCCACCUAGCAUCUUCGCACAGCGUGGGCUUGGCCCAGGGUGGAGGAGGACCCCGGGCGGUGGAGCGCUCUGACAGCCAGGCCAGCAUAGAUGUCCCCACCGAAGAAGAACUGUCUGGAAGCUGGAGGCAGCUGAGUGUAGAGGACAUCAACUCGUACUCCUACAACUGCAAUCCGGGGCGCAUGUCUCCCUACAGCUUUUCCGAGCAGCACUUCACCAUAGGCCCAGCCAAGCUCAAACUGGGGCUGCUCUACAGUAGCUUCCAGGAGGGGGACGACAACGUCGCUCUCCACAGCCAUGUGCAGGAUCAGUGCUUGGCCGCUGCUGUCGGUGGUGGCGGACUCUCACCCAGUCCCAAACACCCCAGCAUGGGCCUACGGGGCAAGCCCCAGCACCUUUACAGAGCCAAGGAGGACAGCCAGGACUCAGAGUGCAGCCAGUUCCUCUCAGGAAGCUUGACAGACAAGGAGAGCGGGGCGGCUGGAGCGGCACGGGGGACCAUGAACAAGGAACAUGUGGAUGUGAGCCCCAACAGCUUGGCCGAGUCCUUACACCACCAAAGCUCCCUGGAAGCCUCCGGUCUGCAGCAGCAACACUACCAGAGGGAGAGAGUGAGGCCCAGCCUGAGCCUAGCUGUUCCCAGGAAGAGUUCUCAACACCACCAAAAAUUUGGAAGCACAGGAACAGGACUUAACAGGAAGGACAGUCUUACCAAGGCCCAGCUGUACGGCACCCUCCUGAACUGAACAGCUUGGUAACACUUAGACUUGACAGGUAUAAUGCAUUAUGAUGCGGUUAUAAUUAAUUGUAAGACUUGUCAUAAGCACGUAUGACCCCUUCUAAAAAGUCUUAACAUUAUCUCAAUGACCAAAUAACA